AUGGCUUUUUUGAGGGCAGCCAAGCACCCGGAAAACAUGGACCCCAGUGUGGCUGCUAUGUUUGCAGAUGCCAACAAGAAGAAGGAUCUCUUCAACUUGUGGCUGACUCAUGCCCGUGACUUUGGGAGGGUGACCCUUGAGGUGUCCCGUCGCAACACCCAAAGGCAGUCAGCCCAUGCCAACACGGUGACUUGGAGCCGGGCCCAGCUUGAGCAAUCUGGCAGGUAUACUGCCACUGACAUCGAUGACCUGAUCCAGAGGGCUGUGGCAGCUGGUCGGUUCAUUGAUGACCCCAACUUUCCUGGAGUUGAACGUUUGCGUCGCUACAUGAUUGUUGAUGAAGUUGGCCAACAGACUGCCAACAUUCGUGAGGAUACCACCGAGAUCAACAACCAGGGAGCUGAUCUUUCUCAGGGCCAAGCCCCUGCUUUGGCAGAUGUGCUGGGUGACAACGGAGGUCCUGCAGGUGCUGGUGGCAAAGGCUGUGCCAAGGCCAAACCCAAGCCAAAACCCAAGGGUAAGGGAAAAGGUGGAAAGUCCAGCAAUGAGGUGGCUUCGGGUUCGGGUGAUCCAGCCAAUGGUGAUCAACCACAGCCCGAAGCAGAAACAACCCCGUUGCAGAGAGCAAAGGCUUUGGCAAAAUCAGUGCUUAAGGAGGCAGAGGAAGCCAGGAGCACAUGCGUUUCCAUUGAGAACUUGGAAUGCAGCAGUGAACUUCGUGAGGCCCUGUUGCAACAUGCAACAGCUAUGACUGAGCUGUACAGUGCCAAUCCUCGUCGAAGACGUGUGACCGAGCCUGGUGGCGAGCUUGCCCGACAGCUACUUUGGGACGUGUCUCGAGGGGAAAUCCAUGUUACGACUGCGCAGAGAUAUGCUGCUGCGGCCUACAAUGACGGGCUUACCGAGGGCACAAUUAGGGAUUUGGCAUCGUUGGCCACUUGGGGUCGCAAUCCCCAAAAUUGUGAAAGAUACCUUCAUCGAUGGAUGCCUUAUGCAUAUGAUUCAGGUCUUAAGACGCAUUCAACUGCAAUUGAAGUCUACAACCCUGAUACUGCCAAGAUUGAAAUGAUGGAGAUCCCGGUGCUUUUGGCUUCAGAUGUUUUGAAUGCUUUGUGGAGAAAGCAAGACCCAAAACUGUGGGAUGAAUGCAUUGGUGCAACAAGUGAAAACUGUAGAGAAUACUGGGAGUAUGCUGAAAUGGAUUGGGCCACUGACCAUCCUGUUAUACAGUUUUUUGGAUGCACUUUAUUAGCUUUCUGUUUCCCAUCCCAAUCUUUCUUUGGCCAAACAUACCCAUGUUUCCAACCGGCCCCCUGUUGUGCCUCAGGCAAGGGCUUCACGAAUGCACUUUCCCGGAGCCUGGGCAAACAUGCGUGGAUAUAG